AUACUGGGAAGGAGUGUCAGUUGAGUCCCGGUGGCCCAUGGAGGCAACAUGGCGGUCUCAUUGGGAAGGCUGCAUUGUAUUGAGGGGCCCCUUGGAAGGCUCUCCGUCCUCCUCCUCCUCCUCCUCCCUGGUUUCCUCCAGUCGUCACCAACACACCUCUACUCCGAAGUGAUAGAACCGAGAGAAGUGGAAUCAAGGGCGAUGCCAGGCGACAAAGACAGCAUCUCAUAUAUCAUUAAAAUGGAAGACGAUUACAAAGUGGUUCACCUUCAGCGAAUAUCCUUUAUAACUGCACAUAUGCCGGUCUAUGCUUACAAUACCAAAGGAGAUCUGAUUGCAGACUAUCCAUAUAUUCAGGACGACUGCUACUACAGCGGAUCCGUGGAAGGCGCCUUGGACUCUCAGGUUGUCCUCUCUACCUGCACUGGGCUUUGGGGCCAUCUGCAAAUUGGGGCUGUGAGAUACGAAAUCGAACCUGUUGCAAACUCUCCCACAUUUCAACACCUGAUUUACCGAAAGAACCCUGAGCUGCGCCAGCCCUGCGGAGGAGACACGGAUGACGGGGCCAAUGCAACCAGCGAAGUUCCCGAUGUGGCAACCGUGGAAGAGUACAGCCCACCUCCCCCCAAGAGUGGAGCAGGCAACUUUAAAGAUGCUGCAUCGGCCAGAUAUCUGGAGUAUUAUCUUGUUGUGGACAAAAGCACGUUUGAGGCCCAUAAGCGCAAUGAGACCCUGUUGGUGCUGAUCAUUCUCCAUAUGAUGGCGGAGGUUCAUGCCAUAUAUUUGCCCAUAGGCCUCCGUGUUUAUCUGGUAGGCUUGGAGCUGUGGACCGAGAAAGACCGGAUCACAAUUGGUGCCAAAAGCCUCGCCGUCACUUUGGACGCAUUUUACAAAUUCGCCAGCGACGAGCUCCAGCACCGUGUACGAUUCGACCAUGCUGCCAUUCUUACGACUAAAGGGCAUCCAUCUGGACUGGCACAGGGGGACAGUAUUUGCCACUACAACCACGUUUCCGUGUCCGCAAUGCGUACGUAUCUUGACCAUCAAAAUGACGCCGAAAAUGUUGCGCACCAACUGGGCCAUUCGCUGGGCUUUUCGCAUGACGACGGUUCAACCAAUUUAGCCCGGGGCUGCGACUGUGACUGCAACGGGGGCAGCUGCCUAAUGGUGGGGAAAAGUGCUCCCGAAUGCCCAAGAUUGAGCAACUGCAGCCGGGAGGUCUAUGAAGACAUGAUCCGCAAGCCAGGAAAAGAGUGUUUGCUCAACGUGCCCCUCAAAACGUUCGGGAACAAAGUUUGUGGAAACAAGGUCACCGAAGAAGGGGAGGACUGCGACUGCGGCCUUGAAGAGGAUAUAGGAGAAGGCAUCCUGAGUUUGUUCAUGAAACCCAACGCAAAACUUUUGGCCAAGAGGCAACCGCAUGAAGUAGAUGGACCAAUACAUAGCAAGAAUGACAUUUUUCACCAGAAACAAGGUGAAUCAGAUGUUGAUGAGACAGUUAGAGGAUUUCGUGAAUGCCGAAGGAACGGUUGCUGUGAUGACAAUUGUAAAAGUAAACCAGGCAUUGACUGCCUUUUUGGACCUUGCUGCAAGAAAUGCAAGUUUUCCGAAGAAGGGACCGUGUGCCGGGAAGCCAUGACGGAGUGUGACCUCCCCGAAUACUGCAAUGGGACGUCUGCCGAAUGCCCCGCGGAUGUCUACAAGCAGGACGGGAUGCCUUGUAGCAAAAGCAACCGCUGCUUUCUUGGCGACUGCCUCGACCUCCAAAAGCAUUGUGUGGCUCUCUUUGGCAAAGGCAAGGCCGGCAUUCUUCUAUUAAGCAACAUACGGUAUUCUGUUAAUUUGCAUACUUUGCAUUUAUGGCAUCCUACCUUCCUCCUUUCUAUUUCCCCCCUUUCUCUUGAUAUUAUUUGCUUUUCAGGCCCCUUUAUUUAUUUAGUCUCACCAGCCCUUCCUUCUCUUUCCCUCUCAUCAGGCGCCCAGGAGGCCCCGCUGAGCUGUUUCAAGAAAGUGAACAUGCGAGGAGACCAGUCUGGCAACUGUGGCGGGGACGGAGAGAAGUUCAAGAAGUGUGACAAAAAAGACAUCCUUUGUGGGCGGCUGCAGUGCGUUCACAUUAAGAAAAUCCCCAAAGUGGCAACCGGGCAAAGCGUCAUCCAGACGCCAGUGGGGAACACCUUGUGCUGGGGGACGGAGUUCCACCCGGGCCAGGGAGCCCCCGACUUCGGUGCCGUGAAGGAUGGCACCACCUGCGGCACCGGCAAGAUGUGUAUAAACAGAUCCUGCAUUGGUCUGGAUUUUAUGAAGCAUAGCUGCAACUACUCUAAAUGCAACCACCGCGGGGUGUGCAACAACAAUGGGAACUGCCACUGCUCCUACGGGUGGGCCCCUCCCUUCUGCCUGGGCAGGGGAUACGGGGGAAGCAUCGAGAGCGGACCCCCUGCUGCUUAUGAAGAGCCUCUUGUUCGUGUCGUCGUGUUCGUCGUCCUGGGAGGCUUGGCUCUUUUUUUGCUAGGCCUCGCUGCCGCCUAUAAGAGAGACCCCUUGAAAGCUUGGUUUGCAAAAGCGAUCCGGAGAAAUUUAUUUAAGGAGCCGUACGAUACAGAGUCCAUGGGCUCCUCAUCCCUGAAACCCCAGGAAGGAAAACUCGACUUGACUUCUCCCACGUAAAGCGAUGGAGCCAGAACCUCGACAGCCCCCAAAGAAGGCUCCCCAGACCCACCAAAGAAGGCCUUUCCCAUGGUUUUCCGGUGUUUUCUAGCUUUGUCUCUCCUUAUCUUCCAAUAAAAGGGUCUUCCUCCUUUAA